AAUGGAUGUUAACACCGCCCUGCAAGAAGUGCUGAAGACCGCACUCAUCCACGAUGGUUUAGCUCGUGGUAUUCGUGAAGCUGCCAAAGCCUUGGACAAAUAAUCAGAUGUGUGGUGCUGGAUGGAAUAGAUGGAGUAGCAUCAUGAUUGUAAUCAGGUCUGGGUGUAAAGACUCGGAUCCUCCUGAUAUUCACAUCUCACUUCCAAUUCUUGCAUGGACCAGGAGAGAUCAGAGGCUCCUGUAACUGCCUUGUUUCAGGUCUCCCUUACUCUCAUCUUCCUUUUCAAUCUAUUCAAAAAACGCCAAGCCCACCUUUGUGUUCUUGCUUCAAACUGCGACGAACCCAUGUACGUAAAGUUGGUUGAAGCCCUUUGUGCAGAACACCAGAUCAAUUUGAUAAAAGUUGAUGACAACAAGAAACUGGGCGAGUGGGUAGGUCUCUGCAAAAUCGACAGAGAAGGAAAACCCCGCAAAGUAGUGGGCUGCAGUUGUGUGGUUGUCAAAGACUAUGGCAAGGAAUCUCAGGCCAAAGAUGUAAUCGAAGAAUACUUCAAGUGCAAGAAAUGAAUGAAAAAUAAAUUUUGUUAAGCCUGA